AUGCUUGUUGCAUUAUCAGUGGUACGAUAUGCAACAACAGCAAACUCAUCAAUUUCAUUACAAAUUCAGCAACGAAUGGAACAGCACGGUUGGCACCUUGCUAUAAUUUGCUUUGUAAUGGGUGGUGUUUGGGCUGUACCAUCCAUAUUCGGUCGUAUGAGUACUUAUGCUCCCGAAGGAUUUGGCUUUCAUUGUGGUCUCGAUUGGUUUGAUCGCCCAUUACCUGGGCGAAUUAAUUUUUUUCUUCUAUUUUUCUUCGUCUUGUUUAUGCCGAUCAUAAUUGUUAUCCAUGUUAAUGUAUAUAUUCAACAUACUGCUUAUCAUUUAACACAUUUGAGACCGCCCAUUGUACUUGAACUGCAACAAAUUUCAAGUGAAAAAAGCAUUCGCAGACAUGUUUCAGGUACACUAUUUGAAAAAGAAGCUCGACGUUUACAUGAAGAUCAACGCUUUGUUCUCGCUACCGGAAUAAGUGUUUUUGUUUAUAUAAUUGCGAGGACCCCUUAUAGUAUUGUAGCAGUUGUAAAAAUAUUUGGCGAUCAAUUUUCUUUAUAUAAUCCAUGGCUUAUGACAGCGUGUGCAGUUUUAGCUAAACUUUCAAUGGUAACAAAUCCAAUUGUAUAUGGAAUUAUACUUAAAGAUCAUACAGGAAUGAAGCUAAGAUUAAAUACGAAAUGA